AUGCAGUGUUUUAGACGCAUGGUGAGUUGGUGCUGUGGUCUUUGUGCAAAUUCAGGAAGUGACGAAGAUGAGGAAGCUGAACGUCAGAGAUUAAUUCCAAGCCCCCAGCUUUCAUACGAUGGGAUACAGCAACCAUAUGGAAGUUUUUCACCUCCAGAUCCUGUUACAAAUGAACCUCAGUCAGAUAUCAAUACCAUGAUGACAAAUAUAAUAAAAGUUGCUGAGAAUCAAGUGGUGGAUGCUGGAGCAACAGAUUACAAUCCCCUAGACUCACAAGAACAUAUUGAACGAUCAAGAUACUACGCAGAAAGCAUAGCUCGACAGCCUUUAGGCCCGCCACCGUUGCCAGUGUUUUUGCCAAGAACAUUUGGAAAUCCUGCGUCAAUCAUAGAUGCACCGCUGGUAGAAAUCGCUGAAAUUAAUGAAAUAAAACAGCUUGCAAAGGAAAAUGCUGUAUUUGUUCACGAAAUGACGACACAAGAAAAGGAUGAUCUCAUUGCCCACUUCAAUCAAGCAUAGAGAUAAAGAAAACCUUACAAGCUUUUCUUCGAAAGUAUAUGCUCUCAAUAUCUACCAGACUAUUUUAUCUUUUAUAUAUUUCUAAUUUUUGUACAGAAAAUCCUAAGUUUAAUUGUAUACAACAAUUUAUC